GGAGAAUUCGAUAAAGGCUAUCUAUAUAAAUGUAAACUAGGCGGUCCUGUACUGACAAUUGAUGAAGCAGUUGAAAAAGUUCGUAAAGAGAAGGCAAAUAUUAGAAAACAAAAUCAAAUUAAACAUGAUAUGGAAGGUGGUCAAACGGAUGUGGAUCAGUCGUCGGCAACAACAACAUCAACAACAGCUACAACCACAGCGACAACGACGAUAACUACCGACACUAAUAAUACUGAACAUAUUAACAAAAAAGGCACUCAUGAAAUUAUUGAUCCACAGAGUAUUACACUUGCUGAUAGAAUACCUGUCACUGAGCCAAAUAAAGCAGUUCGUAUGUCAGAGAAGAAAGAUACCUGUGUCACAUAUUGGACAUUUUCUAAUUCUGGACAUCGAGUUCUCAUUGGUUAUGAUGAUGGUGUUAUACGUGUCCAGUUGUUAGAGAAGGCGUAUGAUUUAACAAGUUUUAAAGGUUAUUGGAUAUUUCGUUUGCAUGAUAAUCAGCGGGGACGUGUUAAUCGGAUAGCUUUAACGUAUGAUGAGAA